AGAGGGGCGGGGCGAGGGCUGAGCGGCAGCGGAGCCGGAGGGGGCGUGUCCAUAUAGAUGGAGGCGUGGUUAAACCGAAUGUGGGCGUGGUCAAAGAUUGAGUGGGCGUGGCCGUUCGAUGCCGGGCGCGGGGCAGCGGGCAGCGCCGUGGGGUGGGCGGGGGGGUGCGGACCCCCGGUGGGUGCCGGUGCUCGGUGGGCACCGCUCCGCUCCGAGCCCGGUGAGCCCCGCGUGGCCGUGGGACCCCCAGUGUGGGGCGGCCGCCCCUCCUCCAUUCUUCCGCUUCCCCCCCGCGCGGCGCUUCCUCCCCGGACCGGGUCCUGGCCGGGAUGCGCUGGGGCCGCCUCCAGGAGCCGCUGGGCUUCGUCAAGGUGCUGGAAUGGCUCUUUGCCAUCUUUGCUUUCGGGGCGUGCGGUUCUUUCAGCGGUGAAAGUGGGGCCACGGUGAAGUGCAGCGGUGAAACCAAAGAGAUGAGUGCCAUUUCCGUGCAGUUCGGGUACCCCUUCAGGUUGUACCAGAUCCCCUUCGAGAUGCCGGAGUGUGAUGGCGAGUCGGAGCCGCGCACGCUGCACCUGGUGGGCGACUUCUCCGCCCCCGCCGAGUUCUUUGUGACCCUGGGGGUCUUCUCCUUCCUCUACGCCAUGGCGGCCCUGGUGCUCUACCUGCGCUUCCAUUCCCUUUACGCCGACAACAAGAAGCUCCCGUUCACGGACUUCUGCGUCACCGUUUGCUUCGCCUUCUUCUGGCUGGUGGCGGCGGCGGCGUGGGGCAAAGGGCUGAGCGACGUCAAGGCAGCCACGCGGCCCUCCAGCCUCAUUGCUGCCAUGAGUGUGUGCCAGGGCCACGACGUGGUGUGCAACGCCGGCGCCACGCCGGCCAUGGGGCUGGCCAACAUCUCCGUGCUCUUCGGCUUCAUCAAUUUCCUGCUGUGGGCCGGGAACUGCUGGUUUGUGUUCAAGGAGACGACGUGGCACACGCAGGCUGAGCCCCGCGGAGACAGCGCGGCCGAGCAGGGCGCCAUCGAUAAGCAGUAGCCCCCCCGGGGGGGGGGGGGGGGCACCCAUCCGCACCCACCCCCCCACCCCCCCAUCCCAUCCCCGGGGGCCUCGCGCCGGCCGCAGCCUGGGGGUGGGGAGGGGGGGGCGCGGAGCACUGCUGUACCGAGGGGUCCCCGCUGUGUGCGGAGGUGGAUAAAGGUCCUGGGAAGCCGGG